AGUCUCAGGUAAGAACGACGUCACCAUGUUAUGGAACCUAGGCGUUAUAUAUAUAUAUAAUUAGUCACCUUCUACGUUGGAAUUAAUUCAUCCGACCGCUGGAUGUUUCUCCGCCUCAAUCCUCGUCGUUAACUAUAUCUUCAUUUCUCUUUGACAUUAAAUUUUGCUAAUAUAAUAAAUAAGAAUUCAAAUCCGGCGAGGAUUUGUGUGAUUUAGAUAAUUUUAUUGGACGUAAAAUCUCACCACCGAAGAAAGAUGGCGGCCUACGCAAAAAUUGGUUACGGUGGUAGUUAUCUGGUGCACCGCGGCGUAUUAGAGUUUCCCUGUGGAUCAGAUCACAUUGCGAGAUCGUCGUUCCCGAUUAAUAGCGACGGUAAUCGCCGAUCAAACAUCAGGAGGAUCACGGCGUCGAUGGCGGAGGCGGUAUCGGAGAUAGAGAAACAGAGAGGAAAGAAAAGCAGAGGAGGAAAAGAUGGAAGAGCCGUGGGGGUGGCGCGUGAGAAGCUGGACAGGUGGAUGAAGGAAUCGGUGACGGAGAUCGUGAAGAAUUUGAGCCAAGCGCCGUUGUUAGUGCAUUUGUACGCCGGAGAAGAAGAGGAAGGAACGGUGGUGGUGAUGAAAGCAGAGGAAUGGGCGGCGGUGAAGGGGAGAUGGGAGAGAGGAGAGGCGGAGAUGCCGGAGGGGAUGAUAUUCGUGGAGCAGUUAGGAGCGGCGGCGGAGGAGAGCUGCGGUUGUGGAUAUGACGGUGGCGACGGCACACGUGCGUGGGGGUUGGUGGUGCAGGGGAAAGGAGUGGAGUGUGGGCCGGUUUGUUAUCUGUUGAAGACUACACGGGUCGGGUCAGGGUCAGGUUCCGGGUCGGGUAUGGGAAUGCUGUGUACCCAUUUCUGCUUAGCUAAGGUGUCGAGUUUUAGGGAGACGAGUGAAUCUCAGCUUAGAAAUUGUUGGCUUGUGGGAAAUUGACAAUGAAGCAUAUGUUUUCAUAUCAUGUAAAUAAUAAAAUAUUAAUUGGCUAAUUUGGAAGAAUA